AUGUUGUGGCAAGGGUUUGUUGCACUUGAAGGAUGCUGUGGCGGCAAGGGUCUGAUGAAACUGAAGGAUGCUGUAGGUCUCGUUGGGACCUCAUUGAGACGUGUUAUGGCUUUUGAGUCACCUACCAAAAUCGUGCUUAAUGCAGGAGAAGGACCUCUCGGCGCAUGGAAUGUGCGCACACUACUUGACAACGACACAUCUGAUAGACCACAAAGACGAACUGCACUAGUAGCCAGGGAGCUCCACAGAUACAACAUAGACAUAGCAGCACUAAGUGAAACUCGGCUUGCAGAUGAAGGUGAACUCUGCGAAAGAGGAGCUGGAUAUACUUUCUUCUGGAGCGGUAGAAGCACUGAAGUACGACGUGAAUCUGGAGUCGGCUUUGCCAUAAAAACAUCAAUAGUAUCCAAACUAUUCGGGCCUCCCAAAGGAAUUAGGGAUAGGCUCAUGACCCUAAAGCUGCCUUUACAAAACGGAAAGAAACAUAUUUCCAUUGUUAGCUGCUACGCACUCACCAUGACCAACCCAGAUGAUGUCAUAGCAAAGUUCUACGAAGAACUAAACUCCACCUUACUUGAUAUUCCAAAAACAGAAAAGCUACUCAUUCUCGGUGACUUCAACGCAAGAGUCGGCUCUGACCAUCACAUCUGGAAAGGAGUCUUAGGCAAAUGUGGGAUAGGUCAAUACAACAGCAACGGUUUAUUACUACUCCAGACCUGUGCUGAACACAAGCUGCUCAUAUCGAACACAAUAUUCAGUCUUCCAAUGAGAAAGCGAACUUCCUGGAUGCAUCCCCGCUCAAGACACUGGCACCUCAUAGAUUACGUCAUCACCAGACAAUCUGACCGUCAGGACAUUCGUGUCACCAAAUCUUGCUGUGGUGCAGAGUGUGGAACAGACCACCGCCUCAUCAUUACAAAACUAAACAUUCGUAUCCAACCAUAG